CUUGAAAAUACAAGCUAGAUGUUUUUCAACGUCCAGUUUUUUUAUCGUUUUGUACUUUUAUAAUUUGUUGUAAUAUGGUUUUAUCUCUCCUCGUGUAGAUACGCUUAUCUUAUAAUCUUAAUAGCUAAGCUUAAUUUUAGAGGUUUUAAUUGAGAUUUUCGCUGGAUACGAUGUCCGUUCCUCAAAACCAGAUAGAAGAACUGCGAAAUUUAUUUUUAAAAGAUGUGGAAACAAAAGGAAGCGGUUCUGUCCACCCUAAAGAUUUGGCAAGGGUGAAAACCAGUGACGACUGGUUACGAAGGUUCAUCAUGCACCAAGAAUACGAUACACAAAGGGCUCUUGAGAUGCUGUGGAAUUCAGUGAAAUGGAGAAAAGAGAAUGAUGUUAAUGACUUGGAUGAGUCAAAGGUGAGAAUGGACAUUCUUGUCAUGGGAGGAUUCUUUCCACAUGGAGCGGACAUUGACGGAUGUAAGCUUUUGGUAUUUAAAUGUAAGAAACAUACCAAAGGAGCCAUAAAAAUGGAGGAAUUGCAAAAAUGUAUAAUAUACUGGUUUGAAAGACUUGAGAGAAUGGUGCAAGGUAAAAUGAUCACAUUGUUUUUUGAUAUGGAAGGAUGUGGCUUGAGCAAUAUGGAUAUGGAACUAAUCAAAUACCUCAUUGGCCUUUUUAAGGAAUACUAUCCUUAUUUUUUGAAUUAUAUUCUCAUAUUUGAGAUGCCCUGGAUUCUAUCAACUGCGUUCAAAGUGAUAAAGUCGUGGCUUCCCCCUAAGGCGGUCGAAAAAAUAAAAUUUGUAAGUACAAAAGAUAUAUCAUCGUACGUGCCCGUGGAACAUGCCCUAACCUGCUGGGGCGGGAAUAGCACGUACGAAUUCAAAUUCGUGUCGGAAUCUGUUCCAGAACCAGCCGAAAAAACGUUCGUCUCGUCUGUUGCCUGUGUCAACAACAACAACAAUAGAAAGCAGGUCCAUUUCAACGACGGCCAAAUGUCAGAGAUAUCCUUAGGAAACGGUGAUACUACCGAUGGCGGUUCACUUAAGGUUACGCCUUCGGGCAUCGUCUCGUUCAUCCUGUCAGGCAAUGAACUUGUUAGCACAUUGGAAUUGCAAAAUACAGAUCCCAGCAGCCAUAUUUCGUAUAAGCUAAAAACAACGUCGCCAGAAAAAUUCCGCGUGAAACCGAGCAUGGGAUGUUUAGCGCCAGGUGAAUCGGCAACGGUCACGCUUACAUUGUUGCCAGGUUACCAGUUAGGCGGGCUGUCUAGGGACAAAUUCCUAGUGAUGAGCACACCUAUCUCUGCUUCUGAAGCGAUUAAUAUUGAUAUGGCUGAAGUGUGGAAGAACACGUCAAACAGGAAAGUGAACCAGCACCGCUUGAAAUGCAUUCAAAGCGGAGGUGCGACUGGUGGAGCUCCCGGAGAAUUGACCCGCAAUGGAAACUUGACGAACGCCUCUGUCGAACAGGACAACAGUUACAACAAAUUGUCGGCAACCAUUUCAAAACUGGCGGCAUGCCAAGCAGAACUCCACCGAAGCACCAAGUUGACCCAAUACUACCAGCUGGCCACGAUCUUCCUGGUGCUGAUGCUCGGCAUCGUGUUGGGUUACGUCCUGCACGCGAACAUGAAAGAGCUGCACGGCCACUCGUACUGCCCCAACGACUACAUCGGAGGCGGCGGACGCCCAUAGCAAUAACGUAGACUCGCGGGGCCCCCUGCGGCGAAAGGCACGUCGCCGGAAAGCAGCGCCGUUUUCGUGCCGAACGACGACAGGCUCUCGUUCAGGAUAUACCGCAGGAUGGUCUAUCAGAUCGUCUACGCUUACUGUCGCAUGUUAGAUGCCUGAACCUGACGCCUAAGCUCGUUCAAUGUGAAUAUCAAAACGAAGAUUUACUUUUAUAGUCGAAGAUCCCAGGGCUGCGAGACGUUAUUUAUUCGCUGCGAAUUACGGGUGUCAUACUUGUGCUGUUAGAUGUACUAGUUACAGGUUGUUGCAGAAUAUGGGGAGAUAUCGUUAGAAACUCUAAAGUAUCGGCAUUGACACCGCUUCUUCUUCCUGCAACUUGCGAUGACGCAUCAUGAUCCUACGACUUAUUUGUUGAUAAAGCUUUCCCCGUUAAAAUUGAAGAAACUUGAACACCUUAUCCGAAUAAACUACUUUGGUACGUACAGUCUGCAAACAUCAAAAGUUCGUCAAUUUUGUCGUACCAAACAUUGCUUAAAAUACUCUUCGAUUCAAGGGUAAAACGUUCUCCGAAGAGUAUAUGAAGGUUAGUUAAUUUUGCGAGCUUUGAAUUUUCUUGAAUUCUAUCGAAAGGUGACAGACGGAAUUCGCAGCGACUAUUUCAUAAUUCAAAAUAUUGGAAACGUAUUGAAAAUGCAACAUGCCUUAUGACACUUUAAAAUAGAACGGUAGAAUUUGCUUCACAAGCGUUUACAUUUAUGGUAGUUAUGCCGCGUCUUCGAACAUUCCAGGGUGCAUUUUUAGUUAAUGUGUUUUUAUACCUUUUUUAUUAUUAUACGUUAAUGAUUAUCAUAAAUGUAGAGAAAACAGGAAGUUCCAAUUUUGAAACAAAACAAAUUUUAUUUUGAAGAAAUUGGAACGUUAAUGUUGAGGCAUAUUCGUCUUCCUUUUGAUAUUUUGGAUAUUUUGCUGCUUUAGGCUCCGCGAUCGUGUUUUUAAAAUUUUUGUUUAUUUUACAUCAAGUGUUUGUUUUACAUCAAGUGUUUAUUUAUACUUUAUUUAUCAAAUGUUUUGUUAUGAUUAUUUGAGUUUAUAUAUACAUGUAUCUUAAUCUUUUUUUGUACACCAUGCACAAAUCUUGCACAGAGCAAUUUAGUUUUUACGAAAUUGAAAAAAAUGUGUUCAUCGAAACUGAAUUUUCAAAAGUUGCCAAAGUGUCAAGUAUUAAGUUUAAAAAAACUUUUUUAUAUAUGAUUUUUUCAACUAAACUGCUCUGUAAAUGUAUUUAUACAUCAUCACAAUGAAUUAUUUUUAUUCCCAAAUAACGCCAUGACGAUUUGAUUUUUCGUUCAAACUGAACAUUGACCUAAUGGAAAAAUUCCGGUUAGAAUUCAAAAAAUAUAUAGGGCGUUACUUGAUGAUAGGACCCAAUUAGAAGAGCGCAUUUUGGAACCAAAUUUAAGUAGGUAAGUUUAUAUGAACAUUUUGAAAAAAUAAAAAAAAAAUUAAUUUUGGAAUUUAAAAAAAUAUUGGAGUCGAAAAUUUUGUAAAUAAUUGAAAUUCAGAAAUUUGGAAUAUAAUUUGAUUUGUAAAUUUUGAAAAAGACUUGGAAACCGUUUGGAAAUUUGAAAAAAUAUACGAAAAAAUCUAAACUCUUCUUUGUAAGAAAAUUUUUUGAUCUUGGAUAAAAUUCGAAUUUGAAUUUUUUUGAAUUAAAUUUUGAAAAAAAUUUACAAAAAAUCGAAGCUCUUGAUUAUAAAUUAAAUUUUGCGUAGGACUCAAUGGACGAUGACAAUACGAUAAUCUAGGAAAAAAUAGAAUUUGAAAAUUUUUAAAAAAUAUUCGAAUUGUGAAAUUUGGAAGAUAAUUUGAAGAUUUUGAAAAAAUUACAAAUUUUGGAAAAAUUUAGAUUUAUUAUCAAAUAUGAAAUAUACCAAGAUGUAAAUAUUAAUAUAUUAAUUAAAACAUUCAAUGAUGAUUAAAAACUAUCGGAUCGGAUUCAAUUUGCGAUAAAAGCGUUGUUAUUUUUAAUCUACAAUUUAUUUUCUUGAUUGUUAGUCUCAAAACGAUAAAAAAAGUACUUAAUCAAGAGCUUGGAUUUUUGGUAUAUUUCAUGUUUGACAAUAAAUCUAAAUUCACUUUCAGGUUGUCGAAAUUUCCAUUUUUUUCAAAAUCCUACAAAUACUCAAAUUCUCCGAAUUUUCCAAGGUUAUUGCGUUUUCAUCAGCAUUUGCUCUGUGCAAAUUUUCAAGUCGAUCAGUUUUCCCAAAGUCGUUGAAAAUUGAUAUGAAAGAUUCUCUUCCAUUCAAGUUGAAAACCACAGUUUGUAGGAUAUAUAUUUAUAUGAACUUUUCUACUUAAAUCAUCAAGUAACACCUUACAUAUCAUCAAGUCAUGAUUUCUAUAUUUAAACUACAAAUUUCAAAACCUGGCUGGGUGGUAACAGUUCCUAUACAUUUCAACAACAAAAUGAAUCGUUAAAACUUUUACAUGAACUGUUACAUUUUUUCUAAACCUCACAUUUUUUUGCAAUAUUUGAUCAUCUUCAACGAUAGUUUUAUUGAGAUUUUCAUUUAGAUAACGUUUUUCUUUGAACCGUAGUUUAAAAUACUCUUACCUUGCCACAUGAAUUGAUAUUGUUAUGUAUGUCCCUUGAUUUAUUCAACGUCUCUUAGUGUUCCAACAUAUUUUCAUCGAAACACUUUUUUUUAAAUUUUACACCCUGUAUCUUGUCCUAUUUAUAAUCGGUUGCUGUUUUUAAACUUCUCCUGUAUAUACACGGCAUUUUCUUGCCAAGUUGUUUACACUCUCUAAGUCUUUAUUUUUUUGUGUACAGGUUACUUUAAUAAAACGGUUAAAUUUGUUACUGUUUAAUCGACGAAUAACUGAGAUUUAGCGAUGUGAUGAUAGUUUAGGGCCUAAUUUAUAUAUGAUAUAAAUGUUUUGGUUAUUAAAAAUGCUCUUGCAA